GCGGGCAACAUUCUGAUCGACGCGGUGGGGAACGUGCGACUGGCGGACUUCGGCGUAUCGGCGUGCAUGUUCGACACGGGCGACCGCCUCUUGUCGCGCAAGACCUUCGUCGGCACGCCCUGCUGGAUGGCACCCGAGGUGCUGGAGCAGCUGCAUGGAUACGACUACAAGGCGGACAUAUGGUCGCUGGGGAUCACGGCUCUAGAGCUAGCGCACGGCCACGCGCCUUUCUCCAAGUACCCGCCCAUGAAGGUGCUGCUGAUGACGCUGCAGGGAGCACCUCCGGGGCUGGACCUUGAGAGGGACCGCCGCUUCUCCAAGUCGUUCAAGGAGAUCAUAGCCAUGUGUCUGGUGAAGGAGCCGUCCAAGCGCCCCACAGCGGAGAAGCUCAUGAAGCACGCAUUCUUCAAGCAGGCGCGCGACGCCGACUACGUUUACCACCACCUGCUGCACGGGCUGCCCACGCUGGGCGAGAGAGUGCAGAUGCUCAAGGUGAGUACUGCCCCCCCCCCCCCCCCCCCCCUCCCCCCCCCCCCCCUCUCUUUCUCAACCCCCCCUUCGCCCCCCCACUCCUCCCCCUUCGCAUCCCUCCUCCUUCCUCUCACCAUCCCCUCUCCUUACUCACGCCUUCCUCCCGCUGCACCCUCCCCUUCCUCCUCCUCCACUCACGCUCUGAUCACCACUUUCCUCCUCGUUCUCUUCUCCGCGCCGCAUCCCUCUGCUUGGACUGCCGCCUGCCAUUCUCGCAAGCUCAGCUCUCCAGCACAUGCUCAUGCCCUUAGCCCCCCGUGCCCCAACUCCCUGCCGAAUGCCCUCACACUUCCCGUGCCUUGUGCCCUGUGCCUCGUCGGCCGGCCUGUGCUGUGUGCUGUGUGCUGUGUGCUGUGUGCGUGCACUGCCUGUCCAUGCGAGCAGGAGAAGGAGCUGGCGCGCCUGGCAGCCAACAAGGACCCCAUGAACGAGAAGGAAUUGGCGCGCCUGGCAGCCAACAAGGACCCCAUGAACGUGCAGGAGGAGCGCUCGCAGAGUCAAUACCGCCUGGGCGUCAGCGGGUGGAGCUUCAAUGUGCAACAACUCAAACAGGAAGCAUCCACGAUCUGGGACCCGGACCAGCAGCCGCCUACAAUUCCCGAGAACGAGCUGCUGCUGCUCCCAGGGGGCUCCGCGCCAAGCUCUGCAGGGCCUUCGUCUCGCAGGGGGAGUGAUAACGCGGAGGAGGGCGGGAAGCAGGGAGCAGGGGCGGGAGCAGGGGCAAAGGCACCGCCUCAGGGACAGGCACAGGGACAAGGGCAGGGACAGGGACCGGGGCAGAAUCAGGGGCAGGUUCAAGCGCAGAGGGCGGAGUUUGGCCGGGAGAGAAGGGAGCUGGGUGAUCAGCAGCAACGGAAUGAGGCUCGGCGUGAGGAUCGGCAUGAGAGCCGUGAGCGGGCGAUGUCGCAGCAGCAGGCUGUGCAGCAGCAGCAGCAGCAGCAGCAGCAGCAGCAGCAGCAGCAGCAGCAGCAGCAGCAGCAGCAGCAGCAGCAGCAGCAGCAGCAGCAGCAGCAGCAGCAGAGGCAGGAGAUGCAGGAGAAGCAGGAGAAGCAGGAGAAGCAGGAGAAGCAGGAGAAGCAGGAGAAGCAGGAGAAGCAGGAGAAGCAGGAGAGACAGGAGAGACAGGAGAGGCAUGAGAAGAUUUUUUCGGACAAUGAGGGAGGGGUGGUGAAGGUUACGGGAAGGGGAUCCGAGGAGAAGCAGGCAGGGAGGGUUGGAGAGGGGGAUGGCGUGAGGGAGACGAAGGUGGGGGAGGAGCGAAAGGCGAAGGAGGGAACGGGAGUGCGUGAUGAUGAUAAGCACGAGGAGCAUUUACAUCAGGAGCGGCAGCAGCAGCAGGAGCAGGUGGAGCAGGAGCGUAGACGCGUGAGUGGGGAGAAAGAAGGGGUGGGACAGAUGGUGGGGAGUGCUGGGGACGCAGAGGGAAGGCGUGGGAGUGAGGAGGUGGAGGCAGGGAAGCAGAGUCAGGCGGAGAGGGAGAGAGAUGAUGGAAUGGGGGUUGGAACGAGGAGGGAUGAGGAGGAGAGGGUUGUUGACACAGGGAAGCAGCAGCAGCAGGAGCAGGAGGAGGGGGGGCGAGAGAGAGCUGAUGCAUUUGUGGGCCCGGAGGGGAGGGGAAGCAGGGAGGAGUGGAGGUUAGGGGAGGAGCGCGGAGGGAAAGGGCAGGAGCAAGUUGAUCGGAGGGAAGGAGCUGUGGCAGGUGCCGACUUUGCUCCCUUAGCUCAACGGGACAGGGUAGUGGAACAGCGUCAGCUGCACGCUCAGCAGCAGCAGCAGCAGCAGCAGCAGCAGCAGCAGCAGCAGCAGCAGCAGCAGUUGCAGAGGAAGAAACAGGACCUUGCAAUGCUCAUGGAUCGGGAUUCAGACAAGGAAGCAGCAGCUGUGCGGCUGAGAGAAGCGGACGAGGCGGCACACGCACGCGCAACAGCUCGAGAGGGCGGGCCUAGAGGGAGUAACGAGGCGGAUAGUACCGGGGACGGACGCGAGCGGGAGGGGUCUGGUGGUGCAGGGGUGUUGGAUCAGCAGUCAGGAGGGACAAGGCAGAGUGUGGGUGCGAGGCAGGAGGGAGGGGUAGGUGGUGUGGGUGCGGAUGGCGGAACAGAGCUUGAGCCGUCACUCUCGAGUGAGCAUCCGCCAUCGCUGAACGACACAUCACGCCUGGACUACCAUCCGGGCAGGUGGAAUGCGUCCAUGCCGCUGAACCGGUUCGGAGAGCCCAUGAUGGAUCCCACCACGUCGCUGCUGCUCGCCUCCUCCCUGCACCCCCACGCCUCGCACGGCGCACGCUCCGCGCUCCUGCACUCCCUGCACUCGCUGCCGCACCCAGACAAGGCAGGCCCGAGGCACUCUCUGGAGGACGCGGGGCCACAGGGCCACAUGGACCCGCGGUACUCCAGCUCCUCCUACGACCUCGAAUCCACCGAGGGCGGGUCGCUGCCCCCCACGCCCCUGGCGAUGCAUGACGUGCGUCACGUGGUGGUGGAAACACCUCUUGCAGGCAUCAUGCUGCACCUCGGCUCGCUGCUGCGCCAGGCCACUGAGCAACAGGAGGUGAUCUACAGCCUGCUUCACUUCCUCUCCCCUGGCUAUGGCGAUACAGAGUCCGUCCGUGCCCGAGAUAUCAGAAACCGCCGCUGCAGCGCUUUCAAACCUCUCAAUAGUCGCCUUCUCGCCCUCCCACCCGCCUCCCACCCACCUCCCACCCCCCUCCCACCCCCCUCCCACCCCCCUCUCACAGGGGGUUCUGGGGGGAAAGGAGAGAGCAAGGAGGGAGACGGGCAGAGGUAUGGUUCUGGCGAUGGCGCUGCAGCGGGGGGCGGUGAUUCAGGCAAGGGCGGGCGAGGCGAGGGCGAAAGGAGAGAGUCAGGUUCAAGUGAGGAGGGCAUGGGGCCGGCUGAUGCAGCAGCGAGAGUCGGAGGAGAGAGAAAAGGGGAAAGUGGAAAGCGGGUGGAUGGGCGGGUGGUUGAUAGGGGUGAGGAGAAGGGGGAGGAGGGGAGCGAGAGGGGAAUGGAAGAGGAGGGUGAGGGCAAAGCGGCGGAUGGGGAGGGGGAGAAUGAAGGGGAGGAUGGGAGAUUCGUUGCUGCUGCGUCGUCCAGGGAUAGCCUCGGCUCGUAUGACGACUCUAUUGUGGAGGUGGCAGCGGACAGGGAGAGGGACCUGAGUCAGCAGGUGGGGGAGCUGGACUCGCGGAUCGUCUUCCUGCAGAACGAACUCGCUGCUCUUAGGAAUCAGAAUGCCCAGCUGGAGCGGCAGCUGAAUGCGUUUUACAACGAGGAGGAGGCCGACGAGGGCGACAACAUGAGUGACGACGACAACUCGCGCAAUGGAGACGACGACGAUGACGACGACGACUCGCACAUGGAUGCCUGA